AUGAAGCGUGUAUUGGCGAAGGAUCUUUCCGCCAAUGUACUGAAGCUGCCACGACUGCCGAUUCCGUCAAUUCAACAGACGGCUGAGCGGUAUCGUACCAGCAUUCUCCCUCUCAAGCCAGCGGACACAGUGAAGGCCCACUUGGUGAAACUUGACACGUUUCUUGCCGGCUCCGCUGUGACGCUUCAAAAUGCGCUUGUCGAGGCCAACAAGGCGGCGGAGGCGGAGGGCGGGUACCCUUACUCUUAUAUUGAACCCAUUUGGGACAACAUGUAUUUGUCCAACCGCGCCCCGCUGCCUGUGAACACGAAUCCGGCGAUUCUCAUAAAAAAGGUAAAAAACGCGGGUGAAACACAGCCCAGCGUUGCAGCCUCCAUUGUGUACGGCAUCGCGAAGUGGGUGCAGAAUGUACUGAAGGAGGGUGUAGAGGUGCGUGAUGCAAACAUGGACCUGUCACCCAUGCUGCGACAGUUUGGAGCCUCAUUGUUUCCAGGCGAAAAGGCGGACGAGUUUCUCAUCACACCAUUUGAGAAACUACGCCAUAUUAUUGUGCUGCAUGACGGUCAUCUCUAUGCUGUUCGUGUUUUUGACGACCAGCUGGUCCCACUGGAGCAGGCUGUGAUUCAAAAUUGCUUUGAGUACAUCCUCUCCAUUACACCGGACACGGACAACACAACACCGGUGUCCGUGCUCACCGCCGGCAACCGCGAGGUAUGGGCAGGUGCAUACGCAGAACUAGUAAGAACUCCAGAGAACGCAGAAACUUUGAAAAAAGUGCACGAGGGCAUAGUGGUGGUAUGUUUGGAUUCAAAAAAGUGGGAGGAAGAUGACGGUUUAAAGAAUGGGGCAAUGCUGCAUGGAAAUAAGGAAGAGUCGGAGAACAGGUGGUAUGACAAGCACCAAGUCAUUGUCUCAGCGGACGGUCAGGUGGCCUUUAAUUUUGAACACUCCGGAAGCGACGCCGUGCAGUGGGCGCGGUGGGUCGGUGAUGUGUUGCAGAGCAUCGAGUCGAAAGCCGUGGCCACCACCACUGCCGCUGCAGUUGAUACGACGCAAGUCACUUCUUUGGUAGAACCCCUCCGUGUCACAUUUGGCAAGACGUUUGCGGGGCACAUCCGAAGUGCACGCACGGAGGCGUUGGACCUCAUUUCAAACACCGCCUUGGGACAGCUGCAACUGCCGUUUGGCAAAACACAACUGAAGCAACUCGGUGUGAGUCCAGAUGCGUUUGUUCAAAUGUGUUUUCACGUGGCUUUUCACAAGUGCCGCAACAAACUUGCGCCUACCUACGAGGCCGCCACCACCUCGUGCUUUUUCCACGGCCGCACUGAGACCAUUCGUUCCGCCACGCAAGAGAUGCUGACGUUAGCAGAGGCCGUCAACAAGGAGACGAAGGAAAGUACGACACCAAAAGAGUCCGAGCGAGCAGCACUGUUGGCGCUCAUAAAGGCCGCAUCGGAUCGCCACGCAACACUCGCCAAGGCUGCAUCAAAAGGUGAGGGUGUUGACCGGCACCUGACGGCAUUGAAUCGGUUAGCUGUAGAGCGGAACGACAACGCUGCCCUCAAUUUCUUUAACGAUUACACUUACAACUCAUGCUGCAAGUGGGUGCUUAGCACAAGUAACGUGUCGUACCCGUGGGUGGAACGUUUCAUCUUUGGCCCUGUCACGCCCAACGGCUACGGUUUGGGGUAUGUUGUGGGCGAGAACGAAGUGCGCAUCAUGCUCUCCGCCUUCACCAGCAGUCCGUCGACGAACGUAGAAGACAUGAAUGCUGCCAUUGGGGUGUCCGCGACGCGCCUGUACACAGUGUUGGCUGGAUCUAAACUCUGA